AUGGACGUUCAGGUUACCAUUCCAAACACAUCUACUAGUGACGAUGGGAGUCAUACGGUGUAUCAUGUGCUCGUGAAGAGCUCUGGAAAGAGUAAAAAACUAGAAAAGAGAUAUUCAGAUUUUGCUGCAUUGAAAGAAGAAUUAGAAUCGUUAUAUUCAGAUCAAAUACCCUAUAACUUCCCCAAAAAGACAUUUUUAAGGAAAACCAUUAAUAAUGACAGACUUGCUGAAGAGAGAAGAAUUCAAUUGGAGAAAUUUUUACAAGAUGCCAUAAAUGAUAAAUUAAAUAUCAAAUGGAGACGAUCAUUACCCUUUAGAGAUUUUUUACAAUUACCACCAGGUGCCUUUUCCACAGCUAAUGAUGGAACAAAAGAAAAGAUUAAUUCUGCUUGGUCUUUAUCUUCAACAAAUAAUAAUGAUCCUAUAACUGAUCUAACGUCUUGGAUCGAUGUUGUUAGAGAAACUAAACUUAUAUUACAAGAUGCAAGAUCUAAAAUAUUUAUUGAUGGUACAGAGGCAAGAAAAAAGUUGAUUGUAGGGAGAUUAAGAUUUGAUGGAUUAUCCAAAGGUUUAGAUGAUGUCGCGGCUAAAGGAUCAAUAGGUGAAGGUGAAAUACAAAGAAGAAGAGAAUUAUUACAUUCAAUAAAAAGAGAACAUGGUGAUCUUGAACAAUUGUUGAGUAAUGUCACAUCAAACCCUGAAGCAUUAGAAUCCAGUAAGACAUCAUUGGGGAAAUCUAAGAACCUAUUAUUCAAAGGUCGUGUGUUAGGUCAACCACAAGAAACUGAAAGAACUCGUGGUAUUGAGAAUCAACAAUUAUUACAAAUGCAAAAAAAUGAUAUUCAGGACCAGGAUCAAGAGUUAGAAAGAUUGAGUGCUGUUAUAAAUAGACAAAAAGAAUUGGGAAUCGCUAUCAAUGAAGAAUUAGCACUACAAAAUGAAUUAUUGGAUGAAUUGGAUACUGAAGUUGAUAGAACAAGUGCAAAGCUAAAGUAUGCACAAAAGAAAGUGGGAAAGAUAAAUUGA